CUCCUCUUGACUGUUGACUGUUGACUCGUAGCUUGCUUCUUCCUCUGCUCUUUCAACUGCCAAACAGAGCGUCAUCAGUGUACGCAAGAAGCAGAGCUCCCUCGGCCACCGUCGAUGGUGCGGACGACGGUGCAAGAGCUGGCGGCGGCCGUCGAGGAGCCGCCGCGACAGUACGUGGUGGCGCACGAGCAAGACCAGGACCUGCUGGCCGCUGAUGAGAUGCCGGAGCCCAUCCUUCUCAUCGAUCUUAGCCGGCUGACUACGGCCGACGCCGCCGACGAGGCCGACAAGCUCCGGGCGGCUCUCCAGACCUGGGGCCUCUUCCUGGUGACCAACCAUGGAAUCGAGGAGUCUCUCAUGGAUGCCAUGAUGAGUGCGUCGAGGGAAUUCUUCCGGCAACCGUCCGGAGAGAAGCAGAAAUGCAGCAACCUGAUAGACGACGGCGGCAAGCACUCUGAGGUGGAAGGGUAUGGAAAUGACAAGGUGGUAAACCAGGAUGAGGGCCUCAGCUGGAACGACCGGCUGCAUUUGAGAGUGGAGCCAGAAGAUGAGAGGAAUUUCACCAAGUGGCCCACUCACCCGGAAUCUUUCAGGGAUGUGCUACUUGAGUACGCAUCAAGAACCAAGAGGAUAAGAGACGUGGUCUUUCGAACGAUAGCCAAGCUCCUGGACCUUGAUGAGGAUUACUUCCUCAACCAAAUGUCAAACAAGGAUCCCGGGUUUGCUAGGUUCAACUACUACCCUCCGUGUCCGCGACCUGACCUGGUAUUAGGCAUGAGGCCUCACUCUGAUGCUGGUCUCCUUACCAUCCUUUUUGUCGACCGCGACGUCGGUGGCUUGCAAGUUGAGAGAGAUGGGAAAUGGUACAAUGUUCCGGCCAAGCCUUAUUCGUUGGUGAUCAACUUGGCUGACUGCAUGGAGAUAAUGUGCAACGGAAUCUUUAGGAGCCCGGUUCACAGGGUGGUGACGAAUGCCGAGAAAGAGAGGCUUUCACUGGCCGUGUUUUAUGCUGUGGAUGGAGAAACGGUGCUGGAGCCAGCGCCUGGUUUGCUGGAUGACGAGCGACCGCCAAGAUAUGGGAAAUUCAAGGCCAAGGAUUUCGGUCUUUCUUUCGACUGAACAUAACAUUUCAGCCAAGGGAAGAGAUUCAUCGAGACCCUGAAAAUACAAGCUCGGCGGUCUUAAUUAGUUUAUUUACGGAUUUGUAGCGGUGAUUUAAUACCUAUGGAGUAUAAAUAAAGAGAUGGUCUCUCUUCUGUGAGUGGGGAUUUUAUGUACGUAUAAUAUAAUCGCCUUUCUUUCUUAUAAGCAACUCGCGUAUUCAACACUUAA